UAAUUGGUGCAUCACACAAGCUGCAUUGAUCACAUUUACAUAGACUGCAUUAACUCUUCGGGGAAAUAAGAAAACAAGAAGUUGCCGAUUAGAUUUUUUUUUUUUGGUCUCAAGGGAAAGGGGAAAACUGUUUGUUUUUUUUAAAUAUCUUUUCGAUGUUAUGAAUACUCAAUCCACAGUUGCUAGUUUGAUAAAUUGUUCAUGAUGAGCUUGGCCUCAAAACUAGCUCUACCUCCAUUCUUGAGACCUCAAGAUAUUCCUAAACCUCCAAACCCUAAGCCUCCUUUACCCUUCAAUUUCAAAACACUCCAGAACCGUUUGGUCCAUAAUCUCAAUGUGGGUCACCUCCAAAAUGCAAUUUCCACCCUUGAUCUCAUGGUCGACCAUGGGGUCCACCCUGAACUUUCCACCUACUCUUUCUUUCUCAAGUCUUGUAUCAGGUCUCGUAAUUUCGAGCUUGGUAAACUUGUUCAUGCCCAGUUGGUGGACUUAAAACUCGAGCUUGAUUCUGUGAUUCUUAAUUCUUUAAUAAGCUUGUACUCUAAAAUUGGAGAUUGGGUCAAAGCUAAUGCGAUUUUUGAAAGCAUGGGAAAAAAGAGGAACUUGGUUUCUUGGACUGCGAUUAUAUCUUGCUUUGCAAAUAAUGGUAUGGGAUAUGAAGCCAUUCUUACUUUUGUUGACAUGGUUGAAAAUGGGUUUUUCCCCAAUGAGUAUUGCUUUGCUGCUGUGAUUCGAGCGUGUUCGAUUAUGGAGUAUGUCUCAAUUGGGAAAACGGUUUUUGGGUCUAUUAUUAAAAGUGGCUAUUUUGAGUCUGAUUUGUUUGUUGGGUGUUCAUUGAUAGAUAUGUUUGCAAAGGGCAGUGGUGAUUUGGUUGCUGCAUAUAAGGUGUUCGGAAAAAUGCCUGAGAAAAAUGGAGUCACUUGGACUUUGAUGAUAACUAGGUUGGCACAAUCGGGUUGUGCCCGAGAAGCCAUAGAUUUGUUUUUGGAGAUGAUUUUGAGUGAGGUUAUACCCGAUCAGUUUACUUUUAGCACUGUCAUCUCUGCUUGUUCGGAGUUAGAACUGUUGGAGUUUGGGAAACAAUUGCAUUCUCAGGUUGUACGAUAUGGAUUAGAUUCAGAUAACUAUGUUAGUUGUUGUUUGGUGGACAUGUAUGCAAAAUGUGAAGUUGAUGGAUCAAUGGAUGAAUCGAGGAAGUUGUUUGAUCAAAUGCCAAAUCACAAUGUUUUAUCUUGGACUGCACUUAUCACUGGAUAUGUACAGAAUGGGAGGCAUAGUGAGGAAGCUAUCAAACUAUUUUGUGAAAUGAUCUCUGCUCAUGUUCAGCCAAAUCAUUUCACCUUUUCUAGUAUUCUCAAGGCAUGUGCAAAUCUUUCAGAUUUGAGAACAGGCAAACAAGUUCAUGCUCUUGCAGAGAAACUAGGUCUUGCAUCUGUCAACUGUGUGGGAAAUUCUCUCAUUAGCAUGUAUGCGCAGUUUGACCAGAUGAAAGAUUCCCGAAAAGCUUUCGACAUUUUGUUUGACAAGAAUUUGAUUUCUUACAACACAAUUGUAGAUGCAUAUGCCAGGAAUUUGGAUUUAGAUAAAGCAUUUGAUCUGUUCCAUGAACUUGACAACAUGGGAUUCGAAGCAAGCCCAUUUGCAUUUUCUAGUCUCCUGAGUGGAGUUGCAAGCAUUGGUGCAAUUGGCAAGGGGGAGCAAAUUCAUGCCCGGCUACUAAAAUCCGGACAAUCAAAUCAGAUUAGCUGCAAUGCUUUAAUUUCCAUGUAUUCUAGGUGUGGUAACAUUGAAGCUGCUUUUCAAGUUUUCAACAAGAUGGAAGACCGGAAUAUAGUAUCUUGGACUUCAAUUAUUACAGGUUUUUCGAAACACGGGUUUGCAGAUAGAGCUUUGGCAUUGCUCCAUGAAAUGCUGGAGUCUGGUAUAACACCGAAUGAGAUUACCUUUACUGCUGUGCUAUCAGCUUGCAGUCAUACUGGUUUAGUUUCUGAAGGAUGGAAACACUUCAAGUCAAUGUACCCGAAACAUGGCAUAGUCCCAAGAAUGGAACACUAUGCAUGCAUGGUUGACCUAUUGGGUCGAUCAGGCUCACUAUCAGAGGCCCAUGAAUUCAUAAACUCGAUGCCUUUCAUGGCUGAUACGCUAAUUUGGCGAACAUUUCUCGGAGCUUGUCGAGUCCAUGGUAACAUAGAGCUGGGAAAACAAGCUGCAAACAUGAUUCUCAAGCUAGAUCCAAAUGAGCCAGCAGCAUUUGUUUUACUAGCAAACUUAUAUGCCUCCACGAAUCAAUGGGAAGAAGUGGCUCAAAUCAGAAAGAAGAUGAAAGAGAAAAAUUUGAUUAAAGAAGCAGGUUCAAGCUGGAUAGAGGUGGAAAAUAAGGUAUACAAGUUUCACGUUGGGGAUACUUCAAACCCUCAAUCUCUUGAGAUUUAUGAUGAACUAGACAGAUUGGCCUCAAAGAUAAAAGAACUGGGUUUUGUCCCAAAUACUGAUUUGGUGCUUCAUGAUGUUAAAGAGGAACAAAAAGAGCGGUAUUUGUUUCAACACAGUGAGAAAAUAGCAGUGGCUUUUGGGCUAAUCAACACAUCAAAAUCAAAACCCGUGAGAGUUUUCAAGAACCUUCGUAUUUGUGGAGACUGCCAUAGUGCAAUCAAGUAUAUUUCGGUGGCCACAGAGAGAGAAAUAGUGGUAAGAGAUUCAAACAGGUUUCAUCAUAUAAAGAAUGGAAAUUGUUCCUGCAAUGAUUACUGGUAACGCUGGCGUGAAAUUGAAGUUGUUAUUAUGGAAUCAACUUUAAGAUACUUUAAAAACAUUUCUGAAUAAACAUUAUUUAUAUAGAGGUGUCUCCAUAUACUUCUUCCCACUCCAAAUGUCCUGGCUCUGAAUCUUGAGCCUUUCCCAUUUUGGGAUUUGUUUUCUUCUCACUGAUACUUCUUCCAAAGCUGUCCGAUUAAGUAGAAAAAGAACCCCAAAACAGCUUAGGUUAGUCUUGUAGUUGGUUUAUACAUCUACCAUCUUGUUUUUUAA